AUGAAGGUCCCUGCCACCAGCGUUGCACUCUUUGCCGCGACCGUCGCCGCGCAUGGUUUAAUCAUUAACCCGCCCUCUCGAAAGCUGGGGCCGUCGAUGACUCGCCUUUGUGGGCAGACUGCUUUCGACAUUGCCAAAGGAGAUGUGACCGCCUCGCUCGAGACCGUUGCCCCAAAUAUCACGGCUGGAUGCCCUCUCACUCUUUGCCGCGGACACCAAUUCGAUGACAACCUGGAUAAACUCUCCGUGUUCCGACCUGGCCAGAUCGUCCCAAUGAAGAUCGAACUCAGCAUCCUGCAUGGUGGCCCGGCGAACGUGUCGAUAGUGAAAACGGCCACCAACACUUUGAUAGGGCCUCCUCUAAUUCUUUUUGACGAUUACGGAAACAGGGACUUGCCUGCGCUACCACCCAACAACACAGACUUCGCAGUCACGAUGCCCACAAAUUUGGCUGACACGGACUGCCGUGUGGCUGGAGACUGUGCUCUACAAUGGUUCUGGUCUACGAUUGACAAUCAGACCUAUGUCGGGUGUUCGGAUUUCAUUCUCUUUGGACAUUAG